AUGGAUGAAAUUAAAACUGAGGGAACAGAAGAUAAUGCACGUGAGAUAAUUGUGGAGGAAGUUAAAGAGAAAAAUCAAUAUUUACAAGAACUUGUAUCUGACAUUUGCACUAGUGAUACAAAUUUACCAGAAGGCAAUGAUAGAAAGGAUUCUGGUGAAGUUGAAAAUGAUGAUGGUGGAAAAGAUAUAAAAAAUUCUAUUGCAAUUGUAGUCGAUAAGGUGCAAAUUGAAAGUGAGGUUACUACAGAACAACAACAAGCUGAUGACACAGAGAGUUUUGUAGAAGAGUAUUUGGAUGAAGAGUAUUUGGAGUAUGAGACUGCAGAAGGUGAAUCGAUAUCUCAAUACAUGACUCCUGUGAACCUUAGUGAAAGUGAUGAUGAUGAUAGCGAUACGUCCCCGGUUAUGGCUUAUCUGGAAAAAACAGAGAAUUUAAGUUUUUAUAAAAGUCGUGAUGAAAGUAUUAAAAAUUUUAAUUCAAAUUUUGGCUCUGAAAAUGUUUCCAAGAUGGCCGCCGUUGACAGUGAAGUUACGCGAAUAAACAAACAGACGCCUGUCAAUAUAAAUGGCGCUUUGAAUCCAAGAUUAAUACAUUUCAAGGCUUUAAGUGAACCCAGACAGAGUGUUUUGAAGAAAUUAAAGUCCCAAUAUUGUAUUUCUGAUAAAACCGAUUUGGAGGUUAGUACCGCAUCAAUAAAACGUUCGAGAAAACAACGCUUAGAACCUGCCAAUGUCGAAGUUGUCUUCGAAGUCGAGAAAGUGGUUCCUGAUGACAAUUUAAACACCAGCAAGCCUAAAAAACGUGCAUACAAACAGCGUGCACAAUUGGACAAACCCAAAAGAAAGUGGACGCGUCGAAAACUUGAUAAAUCAACCCCUCAGACAGACCCAACCAUAAAACUACCCAAACGCUCAUACAAGAAAAAAAUCUGCAGAAUAGCUUCUUGCAAAUGUGACUUAGAACACCCUGAACAAGAUUCAAGUGAUAAACAAGACUCCGAGGACGCUUCAGAUUACUCAGACGAAUGGCAGUUACCGAAAAAGGUAAACAUCACACCAUCCAACACACCUAAAAUCAAAGUGUACACAAACUCAAGAAAACGCCAGUUGUCCCACAAAUCAACAUACGACGACCACGAAGACCUAUCAAACGACUUACUAACAUUAAUCAAAGAAGACGAAAAGUCUGACAAAGAAAUUGAUCUAAGUCUGUACCCCGAAGAUGGUGAUGCCAACGUGUCUCCAACCAAACGUGUAAAAACUGAUGAACCAGUUGAUGCUGAAAAUUUUGAAGGUUUCGAGUCCAUCGAGGAUGCUGUUUCAAAACUCCCAUCGCCUGUAAGACCUAAGCGUACAAAAACUGAAACCAUAUCCAAAAUCUUCAACAAAAAAGAGGCUGCCAACCAGGUUUGUGAAGUAUGUAGAAAAGAAUUCAGGACUAAAACUAGACUUAUGUUGCACAAAAAAACACACACAGGUGAACAACCUAGGAAGUCUGCUCGGUUCACCAAAACUAUUGCAAAGCCUGAAGCCCCCAACAAAAACUUAAGACGUACUAGUGUUAAAAUGAAUGUGUACAAGUGUCCAGAUUGCUCAGCGGAAUUUAAAAACACCAUUCUGCUGCGCAGGCAUAAAACAACUUGCAAAGUGGAUAAUAAGGUUGUUAAAACAAGACCCAAAAACGAGGUUGAUACUUUUAUAAAAGAGGUGGACGACUUGGGAGAAAAAAUUAAAUCCAACAAAAUCUCUACUAGUCCCAAAAAUUUAAGCAAAACCAACAAAGAAAAUAUUGCAGCAAAAACAAAUGCAAACACACGGGCAAGUCGCCUUCUACAUCCUGUGCCUCCCAAAAAACUAACCAAAACCCUACAAAGCCCUAAACCUCAAAAAACUUCACCAAGAUUAAGACCAACUUCCACAUCCAAAACUCCUAAACCGGCAGACAAAACCCAGUCUGCCAAAAAACAAUUGAUCUCACCAAAACCAUUUGUGGCACGGUCUAUGCCCCGGUUCCAGAAAAUUGGACCCAUAAGACCCCAGCCCAAGGUGCUUACUAAAACUCCGGUCAAACAACAGACUACAAUGACUGGGUUGUCCAGUAAGAAAUUUGUAAGGAAGUCUUUCAAAAUGCCCAAGGCACACUCCGGAGUCCCUUUGUCCAGCAAGAUGAGGAAUGCAUUGGAAAAAUUGAGGCUGGAGCGUGAGAAAGCAAUGAGAGAGGCCGGUGGAGAAAAAAUAAUAUUUUGUAUGUAG